AUGACACUUUCCAAAGAAACAGCCAUUUACAUUCGGCAAGUGCCACCCCGAGUGUCUUCUUGUAGUUUCAAGUUCAAUUUCUUCAAUUUCUUCAAUUUUCUCAACUUCCUGAACUUCCUGAACUUGUUCAAUUUGCGUUUUGUCAUUUUGUUAUACAUCAUGAAGCAAGAUCAAUCUCAUCUCCUACCACUGGGCUCUGAGAAGCACAAGUUGGAUUCGGAUAAAGAUUCUGUACCAAAGCCAGAGUCGGAGAAACAGGAUCCAUUUGGAGAUGAAAGCCAAGCCGGUGUGAAGUACAAGACCAUGGCAUGGUGGCAAGCCGGCAUGAUCAUGAUCGCAGAGACAAUCUCGCUUGGUAUUCUUGCACUACCCAAAGCGCUUGCGGUACUAGGUCUUGUUCCAGGCAUCCUAACCAUCCUUGGGGUUGGGAUAAUCUCGACCUACACUGCAUAUACCAUUGGGCAAUUCAAAUGCCGCCAUGUGCAAGUACAUAGCAUGGCUGAUGCUGGUGAUCUCUUGAUGGGAAGGCUCGGACGGAGUACACUGGACGUGGCUCAGCUCAUCUUUUUUGUGUUGGUGAUGGGGAGCCAUGUCCUCACCUUUUCGAUCAUGAUGAACGUCCUCACUGAACAUUCCUCUUGCACUAUCAUCUUCUCGGUUGUCGGUUUACUUGCCUCCUUCAUGUUGACACUUCCACGGCGACUUGAGAGGCUUUCUCACAUUUCAUCCGUGAGCUUUGUCAGUAUCGUCGGAGCGGUUCUCACCGGUAUGAUUGGGGUUACUCUUGUCAGAGACGGACCAGUGCAUGUCCCGGCCUUUUCGCCUUCACCCAAAGUGCAUGAUGCGUGCCUCGCUGUUGCAAACAUCAUCUUUGCAUACGCAGGACAUGUAGCUUUCUUUACCCUUUUCUCUGAGCUCAGGGAGCUCAAGGACUUCCCGAAGGCUCUGGCGCUUCUGCAGCUAAGUGAAAUGGUCUUGUAUACGGUGGCUGCGAUUGUGAUCUAUGCCUAUAUUGGACCGACGAUUAAUUCACCUGCUCUCAAUUCUGCAGGACAAUUGUUUCGCAAAAUUUCCUACGCAAUCGCAAUACCUACGAUUGUGAUUGGGGGUGUGGUAAAUGCGCAUGUUGCUGUCAAGUUCAUCUACGUUCGUGUCUUCCGGGGAACCAAUUCGAUGCAUAGCCAGUCAUUCAUGGCGCGGUUAGUGUGGGCUGCGAUAUGUGCGACGCUUUGGAUCUUGUCGUGGAUCAUCGCUGAGGGAAUACCUGUUUUCAACGAUGUACUAGGGCUUGUGAAGGGACUGUUUUGCUUCAACAUCUUUCUGGUGUUUCUUGGAUUUCUCAUUUGCAUUGUCGGGCUGUAUUCGUCUAUUCGGUCGAUCUUUCAUAACCUUCGCGAGGGUGUUGGGGGAGGCAGUUUUUCAUGUGCUGACAACUCCCUAUACUAA